ACCCAAACAAAACAACUCUAUCACAAGCAAAACAAUAAUCAGUUUCAAAGGAAUAUUUAAAUUAGAUAUCAUCUGUAAUGUAUGUUAAGCCUAUGUGGAUAUUUGCUUAUUGCUGAGAAACUCCAUGUCGUUCACGUGGGUGUUUUGCAUAUUAUUAUAAUUAUGCUACGGAAGUAGCCAAAGGGAGCUGUUUAAAACGCACCUCGCCUGUUAGCGCAGUUGUCAUUCAACGUGAACGUCGCCCUGCGGAGUAACACACAAAGCUCAUAUACACCUGUUAUAGCCGGCUGUCACAAUGGCGAGUGUUGCAACAUCUACCAGCAGGCCAUACCACAUCGUUAUUUUUGGAGCCUCGGGUUUUACAGGACAGUUUGUAGUCGAAGAGGUGGCCCGAACUGUGUCCGAGGGUCCGAAGGGAAGCCUUAAAUGGGCCGUGGCAGGCAGGAGCAAGGAAAAACUGGAAAAAGUUCUGGAGCAGGCCGCCGGAGCUCUCGGUGAGCCAGAGUUGAAGACAGAGGUAGACAUCAUUGUAGCAGAUGUAGGAGAACCAGACUCCCUGGCAGCCAUGUGCAAACAGGCUGUGAUUGUUCUCAACUGUGUGGGGCCUUACAGGUUCUAUGGUGAGCCAGUGGUGAAGGCUUGUGUGGAGAAUGAAGCCCAUUAUAUUGACAUCAGUGGAGAGCCUCAGUUUCUGGAGAGCAUGCAGUACGAUUACCAUGACGAGGCGGCUGAUAAGGGAGUAUACAUCAUUGGAAGCAGUGGAUUUGACUCUAUACCUGCUGAUAUGGGAGUAAUUUACACCAGGGACCAUUUCAACGGGACACUUACUGCAGUAGAGAGUUUCCUGACAACCAGCACAGGACCUGAGGGUGGAUGCAUCCAUGAUGGUACUUGGCAGUCAGCCAUCCAUGGUUUUGCUGACAGUGUAAAGCUCAAGAUACUAAGAAGAAAGUUUAAUUACAAACCCCUCCCCACUGUUGGUUCUAAAAUCAAACGCAGGGGUGUUAUGUUCUUCAGUAAUGAAAUCCAGCAGUAUGCAGUACCUUUCUUAGGAUCUGAUCCUUCUGUAGUGAGGAGAACGCAGCGCUUCCUAGUGGAGGAGCAGCAGGCCACACCAGUCCAGUAUGGGGCGUAUGCUGGAAUAGGAGGUAUUGCUAACAUCGUCAAGUUGCUCUUUGCUGGCAUGAUGUUUUUGUGCAUGGUUAAGUUUGCUUACGGACGCAAGCUACUUAUCAAGUUCCCAGAGUUCUUCUCCUUUGGUUACUUCACUAAGGCAGGACCAACCAGAAAGCAGAUAGAGGGCUCAUCCUUCCAGAUUGCCUUCUAUGGAGAAGGCUACACAGAGGGACAAGACCCUUCCAAGGGAAAGCCCAACAGCAAGAUCCACACAGUGGUCCAAGGACCAGAGGUUGGAUACGUGACCACGCCCAUUGCCAUGGUGCAGGCUGCUCUCACCAUCCUCAAUGAACCAACAGAGUUGCCCAAAAAGGGAGGAGUAUAUACCCCGGGAGCCGUUUUCGCCAAAACCACCUUGAUUGACCGUCUCAAUAACCAUGGCAUCAAGUUCUCAGUCAUCUAAAGGUUGACCCCUCCCUAAUGCUGUACUAUAGAUUUCUUCAGCACUUAAUUAAGCUGCAUUCACAACAAAACGGAAAUGGAAAGUUUUCCAACCCUGGGAGAGUUCGUUGUCAGCACCAGAGCCUUAUAUGAGAGUAAAACAGCAACUGAUAGUCAGUGCAAGUUUCACAAGCCCAGUUCAGGUUCUGGUAAUGAGACCACCUUCUUAAUUAUCCUUGAUGAAUCCUGAAGGUCAGAAACUUGCCAGUAUCCAUUUGGCUUAAAAAUGCUACUAAUCUCUCUGCUAUGUUCUACACCUUGAAUACAGCGCUGAUUUUCGUAAGCAUGGGUUAAGCCUUGUCCUAGACUAACAUUGUGUCUUCAGAGGGAUUUAAGGUAGAAUUUAAUUUAAUCUGUUUGCAAAACCAAACUUUGAAGGGCACCUUUAAUAUGUUUGAUUGUAAUAAUCUCUUUGCUGCUGUUUACAAAAAAAAAAGCCAUUAGCCUGCUAGCGUUCCUUAUUGAAGUCGAAGCACACCAUAGGGGAAGGAGUAACAGAAUAAAGUAUGAGGAAUUUGAUGUUGAAAAUGUGCACAGGCCUAUAGAUGAAGCUAUGAUAUAAAAUUACAAGGAGAAAAAGAGUCUGAUUUAUAACCCUGUAUGACUCAGAUUUCAUCAAUCCAUUGUUGGUGUAAUUUGUGAAACAUCAGAUCAGAUUUGGAAAAUCCAAUUUUUCCCCACCACUUUGAACACUCAGUGUCAUGAUAAUGAAGUAGGCUGAAGGCUUCAUAAAGGCAAGAGUCUAAGGACAAUGAUAACUUGGCAAGACUGUUUGCAGACAGGUUUGGUUGAUAUGAAAUCAAUGUAGGUGACACAGUUGGCUGGUUCGAAAAAAAUGUAUUGGAAAAAAAAAUACUGUUGGCCUUAAUUAUUGGCAAAAGUCCCCAUCUUUAGGUCUGCAGUGGUGUAGCGGUCUAAGCGUCGGCUUUGUGUCGAUGCAGUUGCCCACUGGGGACCGGGGUUUGCACCCCGGUCUCGUCAGAUCCGACUAUGGCCGGACUCGAUGAAGCAGCAAUAAUUGACAACGCUGUCUUCGGGAGGGGGGCGGAGUCGGCUUGUGUUCGUCACAUGAAUGCAUCUCUGUGUGUCGGAAAAAGCAGUGGUUCGGCCUGAAUUCGCCUUGUCACGAAAGUGGGGAGGCGUCUCCUUCGAGACUGCCAGCCAGAGAGAUGCAGUUGACGAACGCAUGCAGUACGAGGGUGGGUGUUUGAAUUAAAAUAGGGAUUGAUUGGCCACUAAAUUGGGAGAAAAAAGGGAAAAAUCAGAAAUAAAUUUAUAUAAAGAAAAAAAAUUCCCCAUCUUUACUUUCUUCCCAUCAUUUCUCCCCAUUAUUGCCCAUACAUGCCACUUGGCCAUAACAGACAAAUUAGCCAGUCUUGCUGGACCUGUCCUGGCUAGAUAAGUAGACAUCAAUGAAGAAAUCAAAGCCUAAACCUGACGCGUGUGCUCGUACAUGGUACCUUCCUGUCCUUGCUUGCUUGUGAAAAUCUCUAUUUUGUUUUUGACAGAUGUGUUUGUGUAAGUGAUGUAUAUCUUUAGGUUAUUCAGUUUACCUUGUCAAAAAGCCUUUGGUGUUUAGUGUUAAAAUAAUCCAUUCAAUUUAGCCUAGAUUUUCAAGUCCUGACAGUAAAAUGCAUUUAACUGUCUAUUCCCAAAACUGCAACAUAUACUUCAGUUAACUAGAAAGAGCGUCUCUGCUGGUCUUUUAACAUGUGUGAAUUCGUUUUUGGUGUUAGUCUCUUGUGAAGACAUGAAUUGUUUAAAUCGCAUGUGCGUGCACACAGCCACAGUAAUGCUAUUGUUAACCUCAGACCACAGUUUGUGAUGCAUAGAUAUGUGUAUUCACUUAGAGAUAGUUGCUUGUGGUUUGGUUUUGCCUUUUCUUUCUUGUAUUUUGCUCUGUCUUGAUCUAUAAAGCCAAUUCUAGUAAUAAAAAAAAAAGGCCUUUUGUGUC